AAUGCUCUACGAUUCACUUCAAAAGCCAAUUCACAUUGGGAUUCAAACUCGCAGCAGAGAUACCUCGACGUCUCUCUGUUUCUCCGACAGUGUUUGUCGGUCGCGUGUGCUUGUUCGAUGCACUCGCUCGGUUAGACAAACGGCACGAGAGGCGAGCGUCAUGAUGCGGAGGAACACGCUUAAUCGCACGUUGAAAUAUCUGUUCAUUCUGUAUGGUAUUUGGCCGGGCAUCCCAUGCGUUCUGAUCUGCAGGGUAUUUUGGGUCGUCACAAUAUUAUUUAUCGAGUAUAGUAUUUUCCGCUAUCUUCUGGCACAUGUAUACACCGCCGAGCUUCUCGAUCUGGUGGACGGCUUGUGCAGCUUUCUGGCGUAUGGCAAAGUGUUAACUAAGUUUAUCGUGUUUUGGUUGAAACAACGAAAAUUCAUCGAAAUCAUGUCGAUGAUGUCCGACGAUUGGGACGAGAGCGCCAAGAGCGAUGUCGCAUUACGCGAGACGCAGCACAAAGCGAAAUUAUCGGAUCGUGUUAUGAACUCGGUUUUCGUGCUUCACACGAUAACGAUUAUUGGGUAUUCCUUCGGCAUCAUCAUAAACGACAUCGACGUCACGAACCACACGUCGGAGCUGCCCUACGUCGAGAAGGUAGACAUCCCCUUCGAGGUUAACACGCAACUCACAUACAGAUCCAUAUUAAUCGCCGAAUUCUUGUUCGUAAUUAUGUGCGCCUGGGCAGCCGGCGUGACAAACGCAUUGUUAAUGUGCCUGACAUUACACGCCGCCGGUCAGAUAGACAUUCUACGCAAAUGUCUCACGCAAAUUGUACCUCGCGCAAAUGAGAACAAAGAUCAAUCGAUCGACGUCGUACUGAACCAGGUCAUACAGAAGCAUCAGAGAAUCAUCAUCUUUUCGAAAAACGUUGAAAAUCUUUACACGCAAAUCGCGUUCCUGCAAUUCGCGUCAAAUAUGAUAAUGAUUUGUUCGUUGGGCUUUCUUAUCGUAAAGGCGGUUGGCAGCCCUGAUGCGGUAAAACAGAUAAUAAGAUCUCUUUUGUUCUACACUAUAACAAAUCUCGAAGCAUUUAUAUUUUGUUUCGCCGGAGAAUAUCUGAGCAACAAGAGCAAAUUGAUCAGCCUUGCGGCAUAUAACAGCGAGUGGUACAAUUUAAAGCCCAGAAAUGCCCGUGUUCUGUUGUUUGUUAUAUUACGAUCGCAGAAGCAACUGAUACUCACAGCUGGGAAGAUGAUGGAUCUCUCCUUAGAAUCCUUCGCGAGUAUCAUGAAUGCUUCUGGAUCGUAUUUGUCCGUACUGUUGGCGAUGCAAUGAAAGGUCAGACUGGAGUAGCCAUCUAUUUUUAUUAACUAUAGUGUAAUGGAACAUUAAGUUACUAGUAAAUCACUAGUUAUAAAAUCGCACAUUUUAUAGCAAAUAGCAUAUUUUUCAAAAAUACAGACAAUGUACGACACAAUCGUCCGAAUAUCGUUCUUACUGGAACACAUUGAAACGCAUCCCGUUCUGACUAACACGAAGAAUCACAUGAAUGUGAUCUCGAUGCAUGUUAGAGACGGUAAAGUCACCAUAAAUUCAGAUACAACGCGAUGAUGAUGAACCAUACUUCAGAGUCCUUCAAGUGUCCUGCAAGUGUCAGGUUCACGUAAAACAAUAUAAUAAAUGUAAAGCAAUUCUUUUAAUAGAACUACACGCAAUAAAUAACUUUUAAUAGAACACACUCGCGAUAAAUGACUUCUUAUUAUGUAUGUCGCGUGAUAAAAUCAAUUAGAUAAAAUGCCGCUCUAUGUUUAUUCGCAGAAUACCUUAAUUCACACUCACAACAGGAUCUAUAAGAACGACAGUUCAGUCGUA